AUGAAACAAGGGGUCGAAGAAAAACAAGUCAAAAAAGAAACCAAAGAAAAAGAAAUCCUCAUUAUUCAGCUAUCACCAAAAAGUCAGCAUGACAGUCAAUCCAAACCACAUUCAGUGGUAGGCAUUUCAUUAGAUAAACACGUUACAGAUAUUGUAAAGACUCCCGAUGAGGUUGCCAACUUGCCUGUUCACGAAGAAGCUGACUAUCAGGAAUUUCGAGAUAAUAAAAAGAGUAAUGAAGUAACCGACAAAGAAGGUGGAAGGAAAGAGGAAAAGGAAACAGAUGAUGUUGAAGAUAAAGUUAAGCUUGAUGAAACUAACAAAGGAUCUCAAGUAACUAAAAAGAAGAAGAAAAAAGGCAGCAUGGCGGAGUUGAGGAAGAAGCAAAAGAGAAAAAGGGAAUUGUUGUUAAAGCUAAAGCCAAAAGAAGAUACCAUCGUUGCGAAAAAAGACGAAGUGAAAAUUAACGAAAUCAAAGAAACAAAAAAUUUAAUUUCUGAAACAGAAACCAAACUUCAAGACCUCAAAAAAGAAGUAUCUGUGCCAGUGGAAGAAAUUAAAUUAGACAAAGGUGAAAAAGACUUGUCCAACAUCGAAGAACCUGGCCAGCCUGACAUCAAACCGAAAUUGGAUGACAUUACCAAAAUUGAUAGUAAGCUUAUUGAGUUAAAUUGUGAAACACAAGAAGUCAUUGUUGGUAAGUCUACUAAAAUCACGGAUUAUUUAGAUUCAGCAAUCAGUCAAAAAGCUGAAAUCGUUGAAACAUCCACUGAUCAUGCAGAGCCAGCAAUCACCGAGAAAGCUGAAGUCCUCGUAAAAAAAUCCACAAGAAGUCCUGAACAUGCAGAAUCAGUAGUUCUACCGGAUUCUUCUCCAGAAGACGAUGGACCACUUGUGCUUAAAGCUUUAGACAUUGACAAAUUAGAAUUGGGAAGGACCGUAGCAGAAGUACCUAAAUCAGAAGCACCUUUAGAGAAGUUUGCAAGUAAGCUACCUUUUACUCAGGAACAAAGAGAGACACAUAUAACUACUCAAGAUUCACCUAUUGUGGAAUGUAAAAUUAUCAAAGCUUUUAUACCAACAAUUUCUGAUGAACCUUACGGAGAAGAAAUUAAUGAUGUUAAAGAAGACGACGAGUCUGGUACAGUUCUCCGAAUUUUAGUGACAACAUCUAGUGAAGAUGGAGCAAGAAAUGUUGAUGAUGAAGUGGAUAAAACACAUGACGUAGAAAUAGCUAAGAACAAUGAAAUUAAAUCUGCAGAUGUUGCAACAGUUGAUGCCAAACUCGAAGAAGAAGUAAAAGAGGUAAAGUUCAUUAAAUAUGUCGAGAAAGGAGCAGAGAUGAAGAGAGAAAAAGUUGAGUCACCAAAAGAUUACAUUGAAGUUAAGACUAAACCUGAAUCUGAUGCAGGAAUGGUUCCCAAACUUUCCAUAGGGCAAAGUGCCGAGGAGCCCAAAGAUAAAGUUGAAGCUAUACCAGCAUCGCCUAAGAAAGAGAAGGUUACUGCAGAGGCUGAAGCUGCUAAGCAUGAUGAACUUUGCUAA